GCAAGAGAGGUAUGAUCAUCCGCUCAAUACAGACAUAACUUUUCAAGGUAACUGACACGUCUUGAAGUAAACCAAGAGAAAGACACCGGAAACCCUGAAAGGUGACCAUAGUGAACUUGGACAGGGAGAAGGAAAAGGGAGGCCACAGUACAUUAUAGACUCCGCUAUACUCAGAGGCAGUCUCUCCAUCUUCCUUUGACUUUGGUCCUACCAGAGAGAGAAGCAGAGAGGCUGUGUGUCCAGAGCGCUCCAGUCCAGUCUCUAGAGGUCUAUCCUGCUGCUAUGGCCCGUGAGUUUGCUGCGUCCUACUGGUGAGCGAGGGGCAUCAGAGGGCAGAAGACAUGUUGGGACAGAGGCCUGGGGACUGCACUGAAGCUUGCUGUAGUAACCAUGGAAACGGUAUGGAGGAACUUUGCCUGCAUUGUUGUCAUCAUCGUCAUGGUUGCCACCGAGGUCGCAGAAAGUCAGACUGCUGAAAAGUUCACCCAGUCACACGCUACGUUCCUGUCUAGCCUGGGCCAGUAUGAGAUCGCCAUCCCGGUUCGCGUAGGGCCGCAGGGCGAGACCCUGCUCACAGGGGAUGGGGGUGCAGACAGCCCCAACCACCAUCGGCGGAGCCGCCGCAGUGCUGAGAACCAGCAACAGGACCUGUCCCAGCUGUACUACCAGCUCUCUACCCCCACAACCAACUUUCUCCUCAACCUGACCCUGCAGGGGGGCCUGCUGUCCCGUCAGUUCCGUGUAGAGUACUGGAGGAGGGGCCGUCUGGCCUGGAGCCACCCUUAUGCCCCCCAGUGUCUCUAUGUAGGCCAUCUGCAGGAUCAGCCCCACUCUAGCAAGGUGGCUCUCAGCAACUGUAAUGGCCUGCAGGGGGUGAUCGUGGCAGGGGGUGAGGAGUAUAUCAUCGAGCCUCUGACCCCGGCCGAAAACCUCACGAGGGCGGAGAGGGGGGAGAGCCAACCCCAUGUGGUCUACAAGAGGUCAUCUCUUCGCCACCAGUACAUGGACCAAUCCUGUGGGGUCAUCGAUGAGAAGCCAGGGAAAGGUAUGGCCUGGUGGCAGAGGACUCUGAAGACACCUCCCAACCCCAUCGGCCGAGGCCAGCUGCCCCUGAAGAGGUCUGUGAGCAGAGAGCGCUACGUAGAAACACUGGUGGUGGCCGACAAGAUGAUGGUGGGGUACCACGGCCGCCGGGACAUCGAGCAGUACAUCCUGGCUGUCAUGAAUAUUGUUGCCAAACUGUUCCAGGAUUCUAGCCUGGGGAACGCAGUGAACAUCGUGGUGACCCGCCUCAUCCUGCUCAUGGAGGACCAGCCGACUUUAGAGAUAAACCACCAUGCAGGGAAGUCCCUGGACAGCUUCUGUAAGUGGCAGAAAUCCAUCCAGAACCGGAAUGGCAAUGGGAACGCCAUCCCAGACAACGGCAUUGCUCACCACGACACUGCCGUGCUCAUCACCAGGUACGACAUCUGCAUCUACAAGAACAAGCCAUGUGGAACCCUAGGUCUAGCUCCAGUGGGGGGGAUGUGUGAGCCAGAGAGGAGCUGCAGUAUCAACGAGGAUAUCGGGCUGGCCACAGCCUUCACCAUCGCCCACGAGAUAGGACACACGUUUGGGAUGAACCAUGACGGAGUGGGCAACGCCUGUGGCUCCCGCAGUCAGGAGACAGCCAAGCUGAUGGCUGCACACAUCACCAUGAAGACCAACCCCUUCGUCUGGUCUGCCUGCAGCCGAGACUACAUCACCAACUUCCUGGACUCAGGUAUGGGUUCAUGCCUCAACAACGUCCCCCCGAAGCAGGAGUUUGUGUACCCCACCACGGCCCCCGGCCAGGCCUACGACGCAGACGAGCAGUGCCGCUUCCAGUACGGAGUGAAGUCUCGGCAGUGUAAAUACGGGGAAGUCUGCAGUGAGCUGUGGUGCAUGAGCAAGAGCAACCGCUGCAUCACCAGCAGCAUACCCGCUGCAGAAGGAACCAUCUGUCAAACCAAUACCAUAGAGAAAGGGUGGUGCUAUAAGAGGGUGUGUGUGGCCUAUGGGACCCGGCCAGAGGGCGUGGACGGCGGGUGGGGUCUCUGGACCCCCUGGGAGGAGUGCAGCCGUACCUGUGGGGGAGGAGUGUCCUCCUCCAUCCGCCACUGUGACAGCCCCAGGCCAACGAUUGGUGGAAAGUAUUGUCUGGGAGAGAGGAAGCGCUUCAGAUCGUGCAAUAUUGAUGAGUGCCCUGCAGGCUCUCAGGAUUUCCGGGAGAUUCAGUGCUCCGAUUUCGACAACGUUCCUUUCCGGGGGAAAUUCUACACCUGGCAACCCUACAGAGGAGGUGGAGUGAAGUCCUGCUCUCUGAACUGCCUGGCGGAGGGAUAUAACUUCUACACAGAGCGUGCUCCGGCUGUGGUGGACGGGACCCCAUGUCGGGACGACUCUCUGGAUGUCUGUGUGAAUGGAGAGUGCAAGCACGUGGGCUGUGACCGGAUCCUGGGCUCGGAUGUGCGGGAGGACCGCUGCCGUAUCUGCGGGGGUGACGGGAGCAACUGUGAGGCCAUAGAGGGCGUCUUCAAUGACUCCUUGCCUGAAGGAGGUUAUGAAGAGGUGGUCAGAAUCCCCAAAGGAUCUACCUUCAUUCAUAUUCAGGAGCUCAACGUCUCCCUCAACUACCUAGUGCUGAAGAGUAAAGGGGACCAGUACUUCAUCAAUGGGAAGCUGACCAUCGACACCCCUCGUAGGUUCGACAUCGCAGGGACCACCUUCCACUACCGCCGACCCACUGAUGAGCCUGAGACCCUGGAGGCCCUGGGGCCCACCAACAUGACCCUCAUCGUCAUGGUGCUGGUGAGGGACGAGAACCCAGGGAUCCACUACCGCUUCAACCCUCCAGUCAACAGAGACCCUCUGACUGGAUACGCCUGGCACUACACAUCCUGGUCCCGCUGCUCCGCACUCUGCGCUGGGGGUGGUCAGAUCCAGCAGGUAGUGUGUAAGAAGCAAGCUGAUCACUCCGUGGUCUACAACCACUUCUGUGACAAGAAGAGCAAACCCAAAGACAAGAAGCGAGGCUGCAACUCUGAGCCAUGCUCCCCAAGCUGGGGGUCUGGGGAGUGGUCUGAGUGUAGUCGUAGCUGUAACGGGGGCCUGAGGACCAGAGAGGUGCUGUGUAAGAGGAAGAUCUCUCCUACAGAGGAGAAGGUGCAGGACGACGGCGCCUGUACCCUCCCACGACCACCCCUCACUGAACCCUGCAACAACCACACCUGCCCCCCAGAGUGGCUGGCCCUGAACUGGUCAGAGUGUAAUCCCAGCUGUGGUCCAGGGUUCAGGCACCGUGUCCUUCUGUGUAAGAGGGGGGAAAGUGGAGACACACUGCCAGAGUCCCAGUGUCCCAAGUAUGGGCGUCCCACCACCAGGGUGCGCUGUAACCUGCAGCGCUGCCCACCCCCCAUGUGGGUCACAGGGCCCUGGGGAGAGUGCUCAGCCAAUUGUGGUCUGGGUCAGGAGAUGCGCUCUGUGCAGUGUCUUGUACAUAACGGCCAGCCGUCCAAUGAGUGCCCAGACCUCCUGCGCCCGGCAGCCAUGCAGCAGUGCAAGAGCAAAUGUGACCUCAGCAGCCUACCCAUGGACAUCCCUGAGGGUGACCCUGAAGAGUGUAAAGAUGUGAACACAGUGGCGUACUGCCCCCUAGUGCUCAGGUUUAAGUUCUGCAGCCGCCCCUACUUCAGACAGAUGUGCUGUAAGACCUGCCAAGGACACUGACCCCUGAUCUAGAGUGAGAACCAGACCCAUACUCAGUCAUCCCCAGCGGGACCAGACCAGACCGCCUGAGCUGAACAUUCCACAGGGGGAGGGACUGACAAGCCAUCGCACCGCAGAGCAGCCUCUCUGACAUCAGGGGAGGGUGAGAGAGAGAACUGUGCUUUUAUCCCCCACUCUGAAAUUGCCCUAACUGAUACCAGCUGUGGGGGCACUGCUGUGAAGACCAGAUGGGCUGCUGGGAUACCUCUGUUUCUAUGUCCUUAUAUCCUUAUUAGUGUUUGGUGCUACUACCAUUGCCAUGCUGGCCACAGGACUGGCCAAAGUACUCUGUUCAGCUUAGUUACGUUUCUCUGUUGUUUAUUAAGUGGCCCAAUCUUACCCUGAGACACUGUCCAUACGGACCUUUACUUGUAUAUUUACAGACGUUGUUCUAUGUGUACACAAUCUACACUGUACAAAUGAAAUUUACCUGAUACUUUAUCACUUACCAAAUGUAAAUGUUAAUAUUAGUUAUCUGGUGGCUGUUGUCAACUCACGUGGUCUUCUAUGUUAUCUUGUCAAUGCUUUGUCUCAGAACUAAAUCUUUAUGAAUUCUUUUUAAUAUUAUGCUUUUUGAAAAGGGUUUGAUUUGCACAAAGUAUGGCUAGUCAUAAGGAUACUGUAUGUUUAGUUAUUUGGGACUUGUCUCGACGACUCUACUUAACACUAAGGUUCUCCAUCCACGGUCCGGUCUAUGCUCAUAACCGUUUACUCACCACUGUCUUGUCAUUUUAUGGGACCCAGCAAGGGCUGGUCAAUGGUCAGUUCAGUUCACAUCUAGCAGCUGACCUCAACACAUCUCUCAUACUGUAGCCCUUACUGUACACAUUUAGAUACAGGCAAACGUAUCGUGGCCUUACUGUACACAUUUAGAUACAGGCAAACGUAUCGUGGCCUUACUGUACACAUUUAGAUACAGGCAAACGUAUCGUGGCCUUACUGUACACAUUUAGAUACAGGCAAACGUAUCGUGGCCUUACUGUACACAUUUAGAUACAGGCAAACGUAUCGUGGCCUUACUGUACACAUUUAGAUACAGGCAAACGUACCGUGGCCUUACUGUACACAUUUAGAUACAGGCAAACGUAUCGUGGCCUUACUGUACACAUUUAGAUACAGGCAAACGUAUCGUGGCCUUACUGUACACAUUUAGAUACAGGCAAACGUAUCGUGGCCUUACUGUACACAUUUAGAUACAGGCAAACGUACCGUGGCCUCAUCAAUGUGAAAAAUGCUACAUGGUUCUCUGUACUAGUCACGUAUACAGUGAGUGGAAAAGUGUCCAUCACUGAGUGAACCACUUCCAACAACCGAUUCGAUCGGAACAGAGACCCUCACAUGUCCUCUGGUCUUAAGUGGUCCUUCUGUCUGAUAGCAUGGCCCUGCUGCGCCUUUAAUGGUCAACCAGUUAACUUCGGUUUUUAAUAUGCUGCAUGUACAGUGAAGGCCUUUUUACACAUCCAUCCAUGUAUUGAGCUCACACCCAGAACCAGCCCUUGCAGUAUGUCCGCUCUGGUUUCUAUUGGAGUAACUAGGUUGUUAUUACUCUCCUGAUGGUGCUUUGGAAUGGUGCUAUUUCUUAGCUAAUUAUUGUCGUUAUUUGUUGUCAUUCUGUUGAACAUAAAGUGUUUUUUGUUGAGGUUGGUGCUAAAGAAAUAGUGCUUUAUCAGUUUGUGAGAAGAGGAGGAGUUAACCCUUUAUUUCCUUACCUACAGUAACUCAGUAUGGGACAGACCCAUAAGUUACCAAACAUUCAGUCUCUUAUCAAACUGGGUGUCAGCACACUGACUGAUACUUUACUAUCUCACAAAAACCAUAACAAAACUGUUUAAUAAAACAUACCGUCUUAUUUGACUGUCUAAAUAUGUAAGCUACAUUUUCUAUUUUCUAUUUUGAACCAUCUGUGUCUAUGGUCACGGGGUGACCUCAGAGGCAAACCAUUUUAUCAAAUGUUAGGGACAAUGUUGUUUUCAGAUGCUUAUUGUUACAGAUAUGUACUGUGUUUUAAUUACUACAGAAUUAUUCCUCCGUUCCCCAUGUACAACCAUUGAAAUGAACAUAUUAAAGUGAAUAAAUAUGGCGCAUU